AUGUUUGCGGCCACUCAGUCUCGGCUGUCUGUCACUCGUCCGGGUGCAUGGGAGUCGCCAUCGAUACAGCUCGAGACGCAUUCGGAGCCCAGCAUUUUCGGCAUCAACGGUCCGCCCAGCUCGCCCUUUAUCUCCGAGAAAGAGCAAAGCAGAAUGGCUGGCCAGCCAUGGGCUGCGCCGCCGAGUGAUACGAACGAGAAUACAGUGGACAUCGGCGACACCAGUGCGGAGGCCGUCUGGCAUGAAAUGUUCGUGGAAGACAAGGAGAACAUGCAAGGGACGACACGCACAAUUUCACACAAGGCUACGUCGCAGAAGGUCGCACCAGCAAAACCGAAGACAACGACGACACCGCAGGGAGUGAGGAGCACGCCUACUGAAGCGUCGAUGACUAUCGAGCAACGAAGAGAUAGCCAUGACUCAGAUCUCAUGCCGCUGCCCUCCUCCACUCGGGAAACUCCAAGACAAGGAGAACAUAAACCAUGGCCACGCCGACUGAGUCAUUAUGCACGACCGGACAAGCGACGAGGGCGCUAUGACCCAGAUCUGAUGCCACCGCUUCCUUCCAGCCCGGAUUCCUCACGACAAGAAGAACAUGCAAGAGACGGCACACACUAUCCUCCACACGGUCAUGCCGCAGAAGGCCGCAGCAGCAACACCAGAGACAAAGGCGACAACGCAAGGAAAGAGCCUGCAUCCAACGCUUCGACCAGCAUGGUCCUCAAAACCUUCGUCACUGUCUUCCCGUCGAGACCCACGCCAGGCGCGCGGACGAAGAGCGCCAUCAGACCCCUACCCCGGACGGACACUCCGGCACGCUUUUCUGAUCGUUCAGCUGCUCAAUCCACACUGCCAGCUCAGCCAAACAGACUCGUCCACGUCCAGCAUCUCUCUACUCCGACUUUCGAUCUCAGUGCCAAUCACAUCGCAAUGACAACUCACCCGCGCAGCUCCGAGCCCUGCCCUCCGCAGCCGCAGCGGGAGCCGCGAGAGCCCGUUUGCUUCCUCCCGACAAUCGAGCCCAGAACGAUCGCUCAGUGGAGUCAUCCGCGUGGCUCCGAGCCUCGAUCUCCGCAGCGAAAGCCGGUUUGCUUCCUUGAUAUACUGGAGCCCAGAACGAUUCGCUUCGUGUUGAAUGGUGGAGAGCAAGGCUCUGGGGAAGUUGGCAGCUCGACAAGCAAUCGUGGUGCUACUCGUGAGGAGGACGAGACUCAACAAAUGGGCGUGCAGCCAAGCAAACGCCUCGGUCAUCUUCCGCCCGCCCAGUCCAGAUGGUGCCGCGAAAAGGGUAACCCCUGCACCCGUCAACUCCUCGCCACUGGAACCGUUCCGCCUUCUGACCACCAUGCCGACGAUUUCCGCUGUGACCAAUACCGUCCCCACUUCUGUCCCGACCGGAUCCGACGCUCUGCCAUCCUUGACCGUCCCGACGGGAGACAUUCCUGCCUCUCCGAGCGGAAUUCUAUCGUCGAAUGGCAAUGGUCUCCCAAGUUCAUUUCCUACCGGACCCGGAGCUUUGCCAUCACUUGCUUUGACGACGCUAGAGAUCAGUGCUGUGACCGCCACUACUCCGCACAAGCUGUUGAGCGACAUUCUGGAGGCGGAGUCAAGGCAUAUGCGAUGUUAUACAUUGUCGAGGUCUUUGAGCUCACAGCGCCCGAUGCACCCUUCCAACCUUCGCAAUAG